AUGAAAUUUAAUAUUUUUAACAAGAAUCGGAAAGAGAGCCCGUCAAGUUCUCCGGAAAGCCAAACUACUGAUGAAGAAGCCCACAUACCAGUACUCCCUGGUGUUGCUCGUGCGGAAAUGCUUCGUCAUGCUUGGUCAAAAAAGUCCCUUAUAGUCGCCUACGCUGCCCUUUUCUUUGCUGCGUUUGUAUUCCAGUUCUGCGGAGUCACCGUUAAAUCUUACACUCCAUACGCCACAUCCUCGUUCAGACAGCAUUCUAUGUUAACUACGGCAGCAGUCGUUUACAAGAUUGUGUGUGUCAUUACGCUUCCAUUUGUUGCCCGAAUAGCAGACUGCUUUAGCAGGGUGUCAGGGUUCUUUAUUGCCCUAAUCUUUCUAAUCGCUACUUACAUUAUGUUUGCUGCCUCUAAGAACGUUGGAAUGUACUUGGCUUCCGAAAUCUUCUUGGGCAUCGGUAAAGUUUCUUAUGUCAUGAUGGAGAAGGUGUUUGUGGCUGAUACCACUCAGAUCUUGAAUAGAGGAUUGUGGACCGCUCUGCCAACAGCUGUUGCUUCCAUUCCUACCCUUUACAUCUCCUCUAUUGUGGCAGAGAAAGUGUUGGAUCACUCCACUUGGAGAUGGGGUUAUGGAAUGUGGGCUAUUAUUACACCUGUUUCUCUAGCUCCAUUGAUCUUUAUUAUGUGGAGAUUGGAUAGGAAAGCCCAAAAGUAUGGUAUCACCCAUAACAUUAAGGCCUCUUUAAACCUUCCUGAGGGCAGUUGGUACAAGAAACUGGCCCACUUGUUGUAUGUUGAGCUGGACAUUGUUGGAGGUUUGCUGAUGCUUGCUGGACUCUCCCUCUUCUUCCUGCCCUUUACCCUCACAGGUUCUGCAUCGAUUUUAGAUUGGGAUGAAGCCACCACUAUUGUCCUUUUGGUUCUUGGAUUUGUUGUUUUAGGGAUAUUCGUUUUCUGGGUUCUCUCUAAAUUCCCACAAAGACCAUUCAUUAGUGUGAGUAUAUUGAAAAAUCCUUCGGUUCUGAUGGCAUGCACAUUGCCACUUUUUGAUACUAUUAAUAGUUCGACAUCGGGGGCUUACUAUUCCUCCGUAUUGCAAGUUUCAGGUCACUUUACAGUUGGUGAAGCUGCCAGAAUCACCAGAGCCUCAAGAGUCUGUCAACUGGUGGGUUCGGUCCUGGUCGGUAUUUUGAUAAAAUACACAAGGACAGCAAAAAUUUUUAUGAUUUCUGGAAUAUCUUUGAUUGUUAUUACUCAGGGAUUCUUUUGUUAUCUUUCUGAUCACAAUGGUCAAUUUGGUUCAGAACUUCAUUGGACUGUAAUUCAAGUCUUCGAAGGUUUUGGAAGAGGUUUCUACAACAUUCCAACAAUAAUUUCAGUGCAAGCUAACUCAGAUCCAUCACAGAUUGCUCCAUCCAUUGCAAUGUUUACCAUGUUUAGCCAAAUGGGUGCGGUAAUCGGAAACUCGAUCGCAGCGUCAGUUUGGAACGAACUUGUGAUCAAAAGAUUGACACAGUAUCUUCCAGAAGGGUCUAAAAGUAGUGCUACAAGUAUUUUUGGAAGCAUCAAGGUUGCACUUGGAUACAAACAAGGGACUCCAGAAAGGGAGGCUAUCGAUAGGGCGUACAGGGAGGUUUUGCAGAAACAAGGAUACAUUUCACUCGGGUUCCUUCUACCAGCUCUCAUUAUAGUAUUUUUUAUUAAAGGUUUUGAUCCAACACAGAGAACAUCUGUCAAUGUUGACGACAAUGGAGAAGUGGUAUUGAGGACAGCUACUGGAAAGAACGGUGAAGGACCACAGUUUCAUACCAUAUCUUCUAACUUAUCUUCUUCUUCAUCUGCUUCUGAUCUGUCGGAAGAGAAAGAUGGCACUAGCGCCGCUUCAAAAGAGAAGAACAGUCUAAGUACUGAACCUGAGCGCAAGUAA